GUUCCUUAUUUAGGGUUCCUUAGGUCAACGCCCCGACUGUAGGUUAGAGGGGGGCGGAAGAAUGCAUACUCAGUGAACAGAUUAGGUGUUUACGCUGUCCUCUCCCCCGUUGGCAUGAUGCGGUUUACUAUGGGUUUAUGUGUAUCGGUCCAUGUUCCGACUUGAGCUCUCGCGUUGAGCAUAGUGCCGAGUAGAUCGACAAUCUGGUGAUGGCGCCUCCCCGUCGAAAAAUCGAAGUGCUUCACCAGGAGCGUGCCCGGGUCAUCUCCCAUUGGGUCGAAGUCUGUUGAUCGUGCAUGGUAUUCUGAAUUGCUUGUGUGUAGUGCGAAAAAAAGGUUUACCUCAAUAGAAUUUGCGCAUCAGGGAGGUUGCAAAACAAGAUGCAGAUUGGAAGACGGGAGGUAGUACUAGCUCGGGCACACCAGAAACACCAUGUGGAGUUGGACGAGACUGACCCUUGCAUCACACCGUUCUUGAAGGCCCACAUGGAGACUCUCAAGAGCAGUUUGGCAGCGGUGAAGCUCGGGGAGGAUCCGUCGGAAUGGCUGGAGCCCGACGGGCAGUAUAUUCGCACGGCGUUGGCGACUGUGCACAGCUUAUUUCUCAGCUGGACGAAGAGGCCCUCGCGGGCCUCGCCCGACCACGAGACCGCGGCCUUCCUCGCGGAGCGCGUGGUGUUUCCGUUUCACGACAACGUGCUCAACGCGCACGACCGUGUCAUGGAGGAUGGCGACCGCCUCCUCUUCGACACGAAGAAGUGCCAGAUUAUAUUUGGCGUUAGCCCGAUUAAUGGGGACCGCCGCUUCAGCAUGUGGUACGAGACCCUCCGGAGUCAGCUCGCCGGGUCCCCGAAGGACUACCUGGUGGAAGAGAUCGGGAGGCGAGAGGUGGACGCCCAAGCGCAGAUGGACCUCGCCAUGGAGCAGGAGAAGAUGCAAGGCGUGGACAAGAUGAAGGCCAGGCACGGGAAGGCGCUGCUGGCGCUCCACUGGCGCACCUGGGUCAGAGAGUGCCCCUCGCUCGCCCACAAGCUGCGCGGCAGAGCGGGCGGCGGUAGAGCCUCCGGCUCCGCGGCGGAGGUGGACGUCGAGGCGACGGAGCGGCGGGAGGAGCUGCUCAAAAAGCUCCGGCAGAAGAGGGAGAGCUGCAGAAACGGGCGCCGGUAGCGCUGCGUUGUUGCAACCGCCCUGCUGGACGGCGAUGGGCUCCAUCGCUCCGUGAGGCGGUGAUGGCGAGGCCGCGGCGCGGAAUAAAUUCAUGCCAUGAUCUGUCUCUAACCCUGGCUAUAUGGGCCAGCCAGCCCGCCGUUAUCCAGUUGUUUCACACUGCCUUGGCAGCUGUAUUUCCAUGUUCGUGUCCGAUCUUAACCGCCGCCUGAUGGAGAUUUGCAAGCCCGCCGUUAAAAAAAGACACCUUCAAGAGUGAGUUGUGGCGUGCAUGUGAGUCCUCGCAGUACUUGAGUUCUGUCGACUCUGUUUGAUUGCAGCUCGUUUCGUCAUACUCGCUCUUGCCAUGUUGCACCCUGA